AUGGCGUCAUCGGAGGAGUCGGACACGUCGACACAGCCAGCGUUUCACCCUGCGGUCAUUCUGGAGGAAAACACUCAUCACCAACCUCCCACCUGUUCUCCGACCAGCACCGCUGAGCUCAAGGUUAACCCCAUGCCCGACACAGACCCCGCCGACGUUCGCCUUCUCCUGGUAGGACCUAAACGCACAGGCAAGAGCUCCUAUGGCAUCACCAUACUUGGACGUAAAGCCUUCGACACCAGAGGGGGCGGGACUAGCACUGCGGCCAGUGGAACCGCAGCCGGUCGUGACGUCACCGUGAUUGAUGCCCGGGGCUGGAGCUUCUCAGAAGACUCCGUCCCCAGGGAGGAGAAGAUAGAGCUGCUAAGAGCCCUGUCGUUGUGUGGCCCCGGUCCCCACGUUGUCCUCCUAGUGAUUCCCCUACUGGACUUCACCGAGAUGGAGAGGCAAGCGGCGGAGAGGCGCAUGGAGGUCAUGACCUCUAGUGUGUGGAGGCACACCAUGGUGCUCUUCACUUUCGGCGACCGACUGAAGGGGAGGGGGCGAAGCCUGGAGCAGCAUAUCCAAUCUGGGGGGCUAGCACUGCAGUGGCUGAUGGAAAAGUGCAGGUACAGGUGCCAUGUUUUGGAUAACAAGGAGGGACAGUGGGAGGGGGAAAGGAGUCAGGUGGAGGCAUUAGUGAGCAGGGUGAAGGACAUGUUGCAGGAGAACGGUGGAUGGCACUUCUCCCAUCACAUGUAUCACAGGCUGGAGGUAGAGUGGAGCCGGAGAGAGCAGGAGUUGAGGGAGAGGAUGGAGGGAGAGAGGGAGAUGAAGAUUGAGCGGGAGAGGAUGAGAGCGACUGUGGAAGAGAGGCAGGGCCAGGAGGAGUGGAAGACUCCGAGAGCGAUAGGGAGAGGGGAUGAGAGGUCAGUGGUUAAAAUGGUGACACCAUAUGAGCCUCCGAGAGGACAGAGACGGGCCUUCUGCACCAUUAAAUGCCACCUAGCCAUGUCCAUAUAUAGACAUACCUCUAGCAGCAAUUAG